AGGUAAAAAUAAUUCAUAUAAAAGGCACUUGCAUUAUACAACUGGCAUCAGAUAUUCUGUGAUUAGGGGAUAAACAUAGUUAUAAACAAUGAAAGCCGUAGUGGGAAUUUUGGUUUGCCUCUUCUUGGCUGCAAACGCAUCAGAGGAGAUAUGGAACCAAUUUAAGGAAAAAUAUGGAAAAAACUACCUCAACUCCAAAGAACACUCCGCACGCUACCAGAUCUUCACCAAAAACCUGGCAUCCAUCGAAGAACACAACACACUGUACAAACAAGGUUUAGUUUCAUGGUACAAAGUUGUCAAUCAGUUUUCCGACAUGACCGAGGAGGAAUUCAAGGCAACAUUGACAUUGAAACCGUACAAUAGAACCGGAAAGGCAACAGUGUUACAUGAUUCGUCGAAAUUUGUCGGUACCCCUGACAGCAUUGACUGGAGAAAUUCUGGAGUAGUGACAGAAGUGAAAAACCAAGCAUCUUGCGGGGCAUGUUGGAGUUUUAGUGCGACGGGAACACUGGAAGGUGCUUAUGCCAUACGCAACGGCCAACUCCUUUCCUUCAGCGAGCAGCAGCUCAUGGACUGCGCAACAGGAAACAACGGCUACAGCUGCGACGCGUGCAACGGUGGGAUAGUCCAAAGCGCACUGGACUACGUCAGAGACCACGGCAUCACCACGGAGGACCAGGACCCUUACCAAGCAACCCAAACCACAUGCUCAUCCUACCCGAACUAUUUCCAGAUCUCUGGCUACACAGAAAUCGGAUACAAAGACGAAAACGACUUGAAGAACGUGUUGGAAACGUUGGUCCUGUUUCUGUACUCUAUCAACCACGGAGUGUUGGCUGUAGGGUAUGGUAAUGAGAAUGGAUUGGAUUACUGGCUGGUGAAGAAUUCCUGGGGAUCUGGAUGGGGUGAAUCUGGGUACUUCAAGCUGGCUAUAGGAUCGAAUUUGUGCGGAAUAGCUGACCAGGCUUGCUAUCCAAACUUAUCCAAACACUCCUGUUUAAAUUAUCCUCAUAUUAUGACAGCAAUAGUCCAAAGCGCACUGGACUACGUCAGAGACCACGGCAUCACCACCGAAGACUCUUACCAAGCAACCAAAACCACUUGCUCAUCCUUCCCGAACUAUUUCCAGAUCUCUGGAUACACAGAAAUCGGAUACAAAGACGAAAACGACUUGAAAAACGCUAUUGGAAACGUUGGUCCUGUUUCUGUAGCCCUCAACGCUGAUCUCUUGCAAAGUUAUGGAGGUGGAGUGAUCAAUUCGGCCUGUUCAGACUCAAUCAACCACGGAGUAUUGGCUGUAGGGUAUGGAAAUGAGAAUGGACUGGAUUAUUGGCUGGUGAAGAACUCCUGGGGAUCUGGAUGUGGCGAAUCUGGGUACUUCUAGCUGGCUAUAGUAUCG